UCGGCUCCCGGGACGCGCUGGCGGCUGCGGCGGAGGAGCGAGCCGGGAGGAGACCCCGGCCCAGCGUGCGCAGCCACCAUGACGGGAAGCAACAUGUCGGAUGCCCUGGCCAACGCCGUGUGCCAGCGCUGCCAAGCCCGCUUCGCCCCGGCUGAGCGCAUCGUCAACAGCAACGGGGAGCUGUUCCAUGAGCAUUGCUUCGUGUGUGCCCAGUGCUUCCGCCCGUUCCCGGAGGGGCUCUUCUAUGAGUUUGAAGGACGGAAGUACUGUGAACAUGACUUCCAGAUGCUGUUUGCCCCGUGCUGUGGCUCCUGUGGCGAGUUCAUCAUCGGCCGUGUCAUCAAGGCCAUGAACAGCAACUGGCACCCGGGCUGCUUCCGCUGUGAGCUGUGUGACGUGGAGCUGGCUGACCUGGGCUUCGUGAAGAACGCAGGCAGGCACCUGUGCCGCCCGUGCCACAACCGUGAGAAAGCCAAGGGCCUGGGCAAGUACAUCUGCCAGCGGUGCCACCUGGUCAUCGACGAGCAGCCCCUCAUGUUCAAGAAUGACGCAUACCACCCUGACCACUUCAGCUGCACCCACUGCGGGAAGGAGCUGACGGCUGAGGCCCGGGAGCUCAAGGGUGAACUGUACUGCCUACCAUGCCACGACAAGAUGGGCGUCCCCAUCUGUGGGGCCUGCCGCCGGCCCAUCGAGGGUCGCGUGGUCAACGCUCUGGGCAAGCAGUGGCACGUGGAGCAUUUUGUGUGCGCCAAGUGUGAGAAACCAUUCCUGGGGCACCGGCACUAUGAGAAGAAGGGCCUGGCCUACUGCGAGACCCACUACAACCAGCUCUUUGGGGACGUCUGCUACAACUGCAGCCACGUGAUCGAGGGAGACGUGGUGUCGGCCCUCAACAAGGCCUGGUGUGUGAACUGCUUCUGCUGCUCCACCUGCAACAGCAAGCUCACGCUCAAGAACAAGUUUGUGGAGUUUGACAUGAAGCCGGUGUGCAAGAGGUGCUAUGAGAAGUUCCCGUUGGAGCUGAAGAAGCGGCUCAAGAAGCUGUCAGAGCUAACCUCCCGCAAGGCGCAACCCAAGGCGGUGGAUCUCAACUCAGCCUGAAGGCUUGUGGAGCCUCUCACCAUGGCCCCCC